AUGUUUGUUAGAAAGAGUUUGCGCCUUUUUCGGCCACAAUUUGCCGGACCCAUUCCAUCAACACGUUCAUGGUUUCAUAAUGCCAGUGUCCGGCAAAGUAUUUUAGGAAGAAUUAAAGAUAUGUUUGGAAAAGAAAAAGAAAAAGGAGAAGAACAAGUUUCUCAGAAAGAUCUCCCUACUUUAGAAGUGGUGUUUCCAAAGAAAAGAACGAACGUCUCAAAAUGGGAAGGAAAGCAGCUUUUUGAAAAGUUUUCUGGCGAAAAGCUUAAUAAAGCUGAUAGUCUCGCUAUCAUCAGUAACCUUCGAUCUUCUGAAACUUUUUCUUCUCCCUGGUCCCCAGAAGAUCGUUUGCGUGCCGCAAAAUUAGCAUAUCAGAAGACAGGACAUAUUGUCUAUGAUUCCCCUCUACAAGAGAUUUCAAAUUGGGAUGAUAUGUACCGGUAUUACGAUCUUCAAGUACAAUAUGGGGACUCCACCGUGCGAGGACGCACGACUUGGAAACCUACAGAAGAACUAAUACUUUUGCCAAACGUUGUCUUACAUAUCGAUAAAAAUGGAUUACCUACGGAGGAUCACCCGGCAGGAGGAUCAGUAAAGAUAUCUGAAUCUACAUAA